AUGAAAAGGCUAUCAUUUCACAUCAUUGCUGUCAUCAUCAGCUAUUUUCUCAAUGGCUGCGUAGUUGUUCACAGUCAGACAGUCUGCAACCGACCAGCCAAUCUGGAAUGGCACCUACAACCACAGACUGCUCAGGUGAAAUGGACGCUCAUGGGGAACAUCUGCAAUAGUACGGUCCAAUGCUGGGGCGAUCAAGACAGGACAGAGACCCAAAAGUCCGAUGUUCGGCCAACUUCGAACUUACCUCAGAUUUGUCCUCUAGAGGUGCAGUUUGGCGUCAAGCUAUUUGUUUCCAUUGAUGCUACUGUGGAUUUAUACGGUAUCAGGAUCCUCAAUGUGUCAAAGGAGGACUUUGAAAGUUGUUCCACUGCAACACAGUCACAAGACCAGUUUCUCCGUUCCCAUGACAUUAUGACUGGGACUAGGCAGGUCGAGCCUAAAUGGCUUCUCCCGGGCCUUCAUUAUUUCAUAGCUUGGCAUGAGGGGAAUUCACAGCUCUGCAAGCUCGGUCUUCGUCUCAACGUCUCUGUGAAGGAACAACAGUGUCAAAGCAGCCCACUAGUGCGUCUCUGCUCCGGGAACGGUGUUUGUAGGACAAGCUUUUGGGAAGACGGAGCGUACCGCUGUCAGUGCCGCCAGCAUUAUUCUGGAAAGUUCUGUGAGAAGUUUGAUGCGUGUUUGGAAAACCCAUGUGAGAACGAAGGGGUCUGUGUGAGCAAUGGGGGGACGACAGAUCACAUCCACACCACGUACAAGUGUUUGUGCCCUCCACAUUUUACAGGUGAGGAAUACAACUGAGAAUUAUGACUGAUAUUGGUACUGUCAUGUUUUAAAGGGGAAUUCUGCAGUUCAAACAACAACAAAGUCCCCACCCACCCCCCACUGUAUAUAGCCCCAUCCCAGCUUUUUAAAUGUAAAAGUCCAAAAAUUGAUGUAUCAAUCACAGAUUACCCUUUUUAAGCUACUUUGUGAAAAUGCUAAAGAAACUUACACACUUCUUGCAGUGGAUUUAUUUAACCUAUGUUUUGGCCAAAUAGCCUUUAUCAGGGUUUGAUACUUUACUUUACACCCUCCACCAAAUUUGCGACGCUCAAUGGAUUGUUGUACCUUCAAUUACUAUAAAUGGGAAAAUAAAUUGCUCUCGUUAAUUAAAUCUGCCGUGACAGAAUCCACCUACCUACCUGGAGGCAAAGUCUGUGUCCCAAAUGGCACCCUAUUUCCCAUGGGUUCUGGUCAAAAGUAGUGCACUAUGUAGGGAAUAGGGUGCCAUUUGGGACAGACCAUAAUGUUACCACCCUAUUGCUUGCAAAUACUUCCAUAUUAUUUAUCUAUCAUAAUUACUAGUUCUCAUCUAGCUUAGUGCAAUUAUUUCAAGAAUAUCCAGAGUCCGUCCCAAAGGGCACCCUUUUCCCUUUAUAGUGCACAUAGGGCUCUGGUCAAAAGUAGUACGCUAUGUAGGAAAUAGGGUGCCAUUUGGGACAGAACAUAAUGUUACCACCCUAUUGCUUGCAAAUACUUCCAUAUUAUUUAUCUAUCAUAAUUACUAGUUCUCAUCUAGCUUAGUGCAAUUAUUUCAAGAAUAUCCAGAGUCCGUCCCAAACGGCACCCUUUUCCCUUUAGAGUGCACAUAGGGCUCUGGUCAAAAGUAGUGCACUUCAUUGGGGAAAAGGGGGCUAUUUGGGAUGCUACCACAGAUACCCCCAUGGGCUAUUUAUGUGAACAACAUUUUCUUCCAGGACUUUAUUUUUCUUUUAAUCAUCAUAAUUAUUUCUGGAAUGGGUUUCUGUACCACCUUAAUACAUUCUUAAUUGCUUGAUUCUAUACCGCUUUGCCUCCUCCUUCUUACCAUUUCAUUUAGAUUUGAUUCCUCCUCUCACCAUGUCUUUGUCAAUAAACGAUGGCUUCCAAACGUUGUUUAAACAUUGGCUCUGAAGACUUACGAGCCAACUUGUCAUGUUUUUGUCAUCACAAAUCAUCUGAUUCAUGCAAUGAACACGGUUAUCAGUAGAAAUGCAUUAUGCAGUAACUAACUUCUCUGUGCAAUGGGGCCACAAUAAGGGAGAGUUUCUAUGUAGACUUUCAAGCUGCAAUGACGUCACUUAAGAAAUAUUAAUUCAUUAAUUAAUUUCCACAGUUAAUUAGUGUUGAUAAUGGUUGAUCCUAUGUUACUUCAAUUCAAAUAAAAAACUAUAGAUCGAAUCUAUAGGAAUAAAAUACUAUAGAUCGAAUCUAUACGAAAGUAGAAUCUAGCUAGAUACUUGCCUAAACCAUUUUGUUCAUUUAAAAAUUCUUUAUAAUUCAUGCUUUAUCUUUUCCCUCAGGGGCUAACUGCUCUGACGUGAUUGGACGAGAGAACUGCGAUCGAGUUUGCCGUAAUGGCACAUGUCACCAAGUUUCACCUUCCUCCUUCAAAUGUGUGUGUGACACAGGACACCCAGGUAAGGAACCAUGGUUAUAUUCUGUUCUACCCAGGCCUGGAUUCAAACCAACAGAAAUGAACAGUCUGCGCUCUGCUAUUAAUCUGCAUUGGUUAGAAUCCCUGCUAAAGUGAUUUAGAAUGAAUCACCAACAUGCAGUACAGGGGGUAGCCUGCAUCUGCUAAGGGCAACAAUGACAUGUAGUCUUGUUUAGAACACUCUGAAUGCGUCCCAAAUGUCACCUUAUUCCUUAUAUAGUGCACUGCUUUUUACCAGAGCCCUAUGGGAUCCCCUAUGGGCCCUGGUCAAAAGUAGUGCACUACAUAGGGAAUAGGGUGCCAUUUGUUCAUGCCACCCCGCUGCUACCACACCCUUUAGGUAGAUCGUGAGCCUCAUAAUGAGCCUCAUUUUCUCCAGUAACAUUACAGUUAGGUUAAUGGGUGUCUCUCACAAAUGGAUUACAAACAGUUGUACCUACCAACGCUUCCUAGUUCUUGCCCUGGAUAAUGGUGUCUACGUCUGCGUCCCAAAUGGCACCCUGUUCCCUUUAUAGUGCACUACUUUUGACAAGUGGUGGCCUGAAUAGGGAAUAGGGUGCCAUUUGUGACGCAACCUAGCUAAAGCAGGGGCCUUAUGAUGGACUUUCUGCUGUAACGAACUCCAGGUGGCUUUCUAACUUGAUUCAUUGUUUUGUUUUCGGGUGCAAUUUGUCCAGGCAACACUCGUGAAAUAUCAUACUUGUAUACCUUCCCUCUGAGUCUGAGCUCUGCUGGGCUACAGACCUCGCUGCAGAGGCUUUCAGGCUCAUUAUUUGGUUGCUUGUAUUCUCAAGGUUACACAUUGUAUUUAUUUAUAUGGCUACCUCACUAAGCCAGUUAUAGAAACAUACUGUGGUUUUGAUUUGUUGAAAGAACAGCUCAGAGAAAUACAGCAGUGGAUAACUCUUCUGAAUGUCAUAGGGGAGAGCGGUGAGAAACAGCACCAGACAGUGAGAUGUCUUUCAUUUCUGCAGAGUUCUGCAGUAAUUGUGUCCCUGGUUGGAACAUUAUGCAGAGAUCUACAGUGUUAUAGAAGUCAGUCAAACCUGUAGUUUGAGACUGAUCUAUGGAAGUAAAACUGAUGGCGUAGUCCAGAUGCCAUGGGAUGGUUGGAACAUUAUGCAGAGAUCUACAGUGUUCUAGAAGUCAGUCAGACUGAUCUGAUGGCGUAGUCCAGAUGCCAUGGGAUGGUUGGAACAUUAUGCAGAGAUCUACAGUGUUCUAGAAGUCAGGCAGACUGAUCUGAUGGCGUAGUCCAGAUGCCAUGGGAUGGUUGGAACAUUAUGCAGAGAUCUACAGUGUUCUAGAAGUCAGUCAGACUGAUCUGAUGGCGUAGUCCAGAUGCCAUGGGAUGGUUGGAACAUUAUGCAGAGAUCUACAGUGUUCUAGAAGUCAGUCAGACUGAUCUGAUGGCGUAGUCCAGAUGCCAUGGGAUGGUUGGAACAUUAUGCAGAGAUCUACAGUGUUCUAGAAGUCAGGCAGACUGAUCUGAUGGCGUAGUCCAGAUGCCAUGGGAUGGUUGGAACAUUAUGCAGAGAUCUACAGUGUUCUAGAAGUCAGUCAGACUGAUCUGAUGGCGUAGUCCAGAUGCCAUGGGAUGGUUGGAACAUUAUGCAGAGAUCUACAGUGUUCUAGAAGUCAGUCAGACUGAUCUGAUGGCGUAGUCCAGAUGCCAUGGGAUGGUUGGAACAUUAUGCAGAGAUCUACAGUGUUCUAGAAGUCAGUCAGACUGAUCUGAUGGCGUAGUCCAGAUGCCAUGGGAUGGUUGGAACAUUAUGCAGAGAUCUACAGUGUUCUAGAAGUCAGUCAGACUGAUCUGAUGGCGUAGUCCAGAUGCCAUGGGAUGGUUGGAACAUUAUGCAGAGAUCUACAGUGUUCUAGAAGUCAGUCAGACUGAUCUGAUGGCGUAGUCCAGAUGCCAUGGGAUGGUUGGAACAUUAUGCAGAGAUCUACAGUGUUCUAGAAGUCAGUCAGACUGAUCUGAUGGCGUAGUCCAGAUGCCAUGGGAUGGUUGGAACAUUAUGCAGAGAUCUACAGUGUUCUAGAAGUCAGUCAGACUGAUCUGAUGGCGUAGUCCAGAUGCCAUGGGAUGGUUGGAACAUUAUGCAGAGAUCUACAGUGUUCUAGAAGUCAGUCAGACUGAUCUGAUGGCGUAGUCCAGAUGCCAUGGGAUGGUUGGAACAUUAUGCAGAGAUCUACAGUGUUCUAGAAGUCAGUCAGACUGAUCUGAUGGCGUAGUCCAGAUGCCAUGGGAUGGUUGGAACAUUAUGCAGAGAUCUACAGUGUUCUAGAAGUCAGUCAGACUGAUCUGAUGGCGUAGUCCAGAUGCCAUGGGAUGGUUGGAACAUUAUGCAGAGAUCUACAGUGUUCUAGAAGUCAGUCAGACUGAUCUGAUGGCGUAGUCCAGAUGCCAUGGGAUGGUUGGAACAUUAUGCAGAGAUCUACAGUGUUCUAGAAGUCAGUCAGACUGAUAUGAUGGCGUAGUCCAGAUGCCAUGGGAUGGGGAUGGUCUCCCUCUAGUCAUGAAGUUACUCCGUAGUGGGCUCCUCAAGCCCAGGCUUGGAUUACUACUGGACUCUGGCCUGUAGACCACUUAGUACAUUUACAUUUACAUUUUAGUCAUUUAGCAGACGCUCUUAUCCAGAGCGACUUACAGGAGCAAUUAGGGUUAAGUGCCUUGCUCAAGGGCACAUUAACGUCAUUUAGCAGACGCUCUUAGCCAGAGCGACUCACAAAUUGGUGCGUUCACCCUAUAGCCAGUGGGAUAACCACUUUACAAUUGGGGAAGGUGUGCUGUCUUCAUUUGACCAGUGUCUCACAGCAGGAAAAUAAUCCUGCAGCAACAGAACAUGUGAAUUAUUAUGUGGAUUAUAAUUAAUGGACAUUUUUGUAGGGGUUGAUCCAUAGUUCGUUAGGGCAAAUCAAGUCGGACUUUUUAAAAGUCGAAAUUGCAAACUUUAGAAGGCUUUUUAAACCUGGAAUAACUACAAGUUUGCAUUUCCUGCUGAGCAGGAACAUUAUCUGCGACAACAGAGUGAUCAAAUGAAGAUAGUACACCUAAAUGAAGCGAUGCAUUGAUACUACUUAGAAUGCCCCAUACAGUGUGUAGAUUAUUAAUAUGCUAGUACAUCCGUUGGAGUCACUGUUCAGGAACAUUCAGUGAUGUAGUUCACCCACUCGUUUGGCUCAACAGUUUCCCCACCUUUUUGCGUAAAAAUGCAUUGAAAGUAUAGGAAGCGUUACUUUUUCCACAGGGAACGACGAUCAGAGUUUACCCACCAAUUUUUUAUUAACACUUCAUCACUGGUUAUAUUGUAGUGACCACUUCUAACAGGCUUUAGGAGCUUACUCACCCCUCAACUAACUAACUAACUGUGGAGAUCCUGGUUCCUCAUUUCUUCAUGUGAUGGGCUUCAUUCUGCUUAAAUGUCUUUAUUCAACCAGAAUGAACACCACUGAUUAAGGGAUGGAUCAAUGUCCAUACUAGCGCACUACUUAGAGGUGUGGAUAGUGGAACAGUCUAAUACUGUCUCUAUCUACCUGGAACACUGUCUAAUACUGUCUCUAUCUACCUGGAACACUGUCUAAUACUGUCUCUAUCUACCUGGAACACUGUCUAAUACUGUCUCUAUCUACCUGGAACACUGUCUAAUACUGUCUCCAUCUCAUCUACCUGGAACACUGUCUAAUACUGUCUCUAUCUACCUGGAACACCUUCUAAUACUAUAUCCAUCUCAUCUACCUGGAACACAGUCUAAUACUGUCUAUCUGCCUGGAACACAGUCUAAUACUGUCUCGAGCUCAUCUACCUGGAACACAGUCUAAUACUGUCUCUAUCUCAUCUACCUGGAACACAGUCUAAUACUGUCUAUCUGCCUGGAACACAGUCUAAUACUGUCUCGAUCACAUCUACCUGGAACACAGUCUAAUACUGUCUCGAUCACAUCUACCUGGAACACAGUCUAAUACUGUCUCGAUCUCAUCUACCUGGAACACAGUCUAAUACUGUCUCGAUCACAUCUACCUGGAACACAGUCUAAUACUGUCUCGAUCUCAUCUACCUGGAACACAGUCUAAUACUGUCUCGAUCUCAUCUACCUGGAACACAGUCUAAUACUGUCUCUCUCAUCUACCUGGAACACAGUUUAUUACUGUCUAUGUUAUCUAUCUGGAACACCGUCUAAUACUGUCUCUAUCUACCUGGAACACAGUCUAAUACUGUCUCUAUCUACCUGGAACACAGUUUAUUACUGUCUCUAUCUCAUUCACAAAGUAAGAAAGUAAUGCACUAUGUAGGGAAUGGGUUGCCAUUUGGGAUGCUGCCCACGGCUGUUCCCUCAUUAAUCAGCUGGAAUCACCUGUCUCCCCUACUGCAGAACAGAGCCGGACUGCCCUCGCAGGCCACAGCCUAUACUCACAGAAUAAUCAGGCACAAACUCACGGGACAUUUCAAAUGAGAUUUCCCUUUUGAUUCUCCGGCUCUCCUGCAGAGUUCCUCUAUGGUAUUUAUCACCAGGUAUUACCGCCUUUACAGGGCAACAUCCCAUCUGGGAUCAUACGGCUUGUUUUCACAAUUCACUUAACCACUUGUUUCAGUGGGUAGAUUCAACUAUGAGUGAGUGAUUUGGUUGGGGACCGCGUUGUUAGGUAUGUGGUAUACAAUUGAAGUCGGAAGUUUACAUACCUUAGACCAAAUACAUUUAAACUCUGUUUUUCACAAUUCCUGACAUUUAAUCCUAGUAAAAAUUCCCUGUCUUAGGUCAGUUAGGAUCACCACUUUAUUUUAAGAAUGUGAAAUGUCAGAAUAAUAGUAGAGAGAAUGAUUUAUUUCAGCUUUUAUUUCUUUCAUCACAUUCCCAGUGGGUCAGAAGUUUACAUACACUCAAUUAGUAUUUGGUAGCAUUGACUUUAAAUUGUUUAACUUGGGUCAAACGUUUCGGGUAGCCUUCCACAAGCUUCCCACAAUAAGUUGGGUGAAUAUUGGCCCAUUCCUCCUGACAGAGCUGGUGUAACUGAGUCAGGUGUGUAGGCCUCCUUACUCGCACACACUUUUUCAGUUCUGCCCACAAAUGUUCUAUAGGAUUGAGGUCAGGGCUUUGUGAUGGCCACUCCAAUACCUUGACUUUGUUGUCCUUAAGGCAUUUUGCCACAACUUUGGAAGUAUGCUUGGGGUCAUUGUCAAUUUGGAAGACCCAUUUGCGACCAAGCUUUAACUUCCUGACUGAUGUCUUGAGAUGUUGCUUCAAUAUAUCCACAUACUUUUCCUUCCUCAUGAUGCCAUCUAUUUUGUGAAGUGCACCAGUCCCUCCUGCAGCAAAGCACCCCCACAGCAUGAUGCUGCCACCCCCGUGCGUCACGGUUGGGAUGGUGUUCUUCGGCUUGCAAGCCUCAACCCUUUUUUCCUCCAAACAUAACGGUGGUCAUUAUGGCCAAAGAGUUCUAUUUUUGUUCAAUCAGACCAGAGGACAUUUCUCAAAAAAGUUAGAUCUUUGUCCCCAUGUGCAGUUGCAAACCGUAGUCUGGCUUUGUUAUGGCGGUUUUGGAGCAGUGGCUUCUUCCUUGCUGAGCGGCCUUUCAGGUUAUGUCGAUAUAGGACUCGUUUUACUGUGGAUAUAGAAACUUUUGUACCUGUUUCCUCCAGCAUCUUCACAAGGUCCUUUGCUGUUGUUCUGGGAUUGAUUUGCACUUUUCGCACCAAAGUACGUUAAUCUCUAGGAGACAGAACGCGUCUUCUUCCUGAGCGGUAUAACGGCUGCGUGGUCCCAUGGUGUUUAUACUUGCGUACUAUUGUUUGUACAGAUGAACAUGGUACCUUCAGUCAUUUAGAAAUUGCUCCCAAGGAUGAACCAGACUUGUGGAGGUCUACCAUUUUUUUCCUGAGGUCUUGGCUGAUUUCUUUUGAUUUUCCCAUGAUGUCAAGCAGAGAGGCACUGAGUUUGAAGGUAGGCCUUGAAAUACAUUCACAGGUACACCUCCAAAUGAUGUAAAUUAGCCUAUCAGAAGCUUCUAAAGCCAUGACAUCAUUUUCUGGAAUUUUCCAAGCUGUUUAAAGGCACAGUCAACUUAGUGUAUGUAAACUUCUGACCCACUGGAAUUGUGAUACAGUGAAUUAUAAGUGAAAUAAUCUGUCUGUAAACAAUUGUUGGAAAAAUUACUUGUGUCAUGCACAAAUUAGAUGUCCUACCCGACUUGCCCAAACUAUAGCUUGUUAACAAGAAAUGUGUGGAGUGGUUGAAAAACGAGUUUUAAUGACUCCAACCUAAGUGUAUGUAAACUUCCCACUUCAACUGUAUCUGAGUCCUGUUAGAUAAAUGAAGACUGUACUGUACAUAGUCUACAUUACAAGAGAUUGAGUUAGUUAGCAUUAUUCAAUAUUCAUUAUUAUCCUCUUACAUAAUGCAUUGUUUUAAUGUAUUCUGUGGAUUGUAUUAUUAUUAUUAUUAUUAUUAUGUAUUAUUAUUCCAUGACAGACUGACCAGGUGAAAGCUAUGAUCCCUUAUUGAUGUCACUUGUCAAAUGCAAUUCAAUCAGUGUAGAUGAAGGGGAGGAGACAGAUUAAAGAAGGAUUUUUAAGCCUUGAGACAAUUGCUUCACAGCCAAUGUUCCCUCUAAGCUGGUCGUGUGCAGUAGCCCCGAGACUGCCGCGCUGAAGAAAUAUCAGCCUACAGAGAGAAGCACGAGAUUCAACUUCAGUCAACUUUCUAGAGCAGUGGUCACCAACUGGUUGAUCGCGAUCUACUGGUCGACCUCCAAGGCAUUCCUAGUCGAUGGCCAAACAUUUCUGUAAAAAACCCAACAAUAAAGCCUUGUGUUCCUAUUUUUUUAAAUGUGUCUCGGGCUGUUGGCGGUAGGUGCAGCCGAUGCAGCUGCCCUGCGCGUCAGGUAGGAGAACUAUUGCCAUUUUGAACCAUUUCAUGUGUCUGAUGGUACAAACUCUGCCUUCCCCUGUGGGCCCAGAGAGCAAAUCAAGUGCACUAUAGCCCUACCAAUGGCCAGUCGGAUGGCUCAGAUAAUCGUGUCUGCAAUAACGUAGCAGGUAUAAAAGAAAGCUACAGCUAAGUUGAUACUGUGAGAUUUCCAAACGUUUGAAACCAUGACUAUGAGUGAGUUCAUGUUUUAAGUUCUUACUCAGCACUGUCAACACUUUUGUAUUCAUCACUUUUUUAAGCCAUAAAAUGCACAUUCUUACAUUUCCACUCAGAACUACAACAAGCAGUGCAGCAGUAAUGAAUGAGUGGGAAAGUGUAUCUAUAGGCUUGCGUUGUUGUUAUAUUAGCGGCUUGGGUCCUUUUUUAAUAUCGAGGAAGAUUUAACUUUCUCUGUUCAUAGGAGUGGGAACAUGAAUUUGUGCACGAGGCAGAAAUAAUGCAGUGCGACUCGAGUUUCGCCAUCAGCUGGAAGACGGUGUCCCUUGUCAGUGUCAGUGGAGGAAAGGGAGAGCGGAGGGAUGUUGAGAGGGUGUAGGGAUGUUGAGAGGCAGUGGAGGAAAGGGAGAGUGUAGGGAUGUUGAGAGUCAGUGGAGGAAAGGGAGAGCGGAGGGAUGUUGAGAGGCAGUGGAGGAAAGGGAGAGUGGAGGGAUGUUGAGAGGCAGUGGAGGAAAGGGAGAGUGUAGGGAUGUUGAGAGUCAGUGGAGGAAAGGGAGAGUGUAGGGAUGUUGAGAGGCAGUGGAGGAAAGGGAGAGCGGAGGGAUGUUGAGAGGCAGUGGAGGAAAGGGAGAGUGUAGGGAUGUUGAGAGUCAGUGGAGGAAAGGGAGAGCGGAGGGAUGUUGAGAGGCAGUGGAGGAAAGGGAGAGUGUAGGGAUGUUGAGAGUCAGUGGAGGAAAGGGAGAGUGUAGGGAUGUUGAGAGUCAGUGGAGGAAAGGGAGAGUGUAGGGAUGUUGAGAGUCAGUGGAGGAAAGGGAGAGCGGAGGGAUGUUGAGAGGCGGACCCUCAGUCUGCUGCUCUCUCCCUCCGCGGAGACUGACCAUCAGCCGCACCAUCAGCCCAGUAAAAUAAAAAGCUCAUUAUUAUUUUGAAAUAUAUAUAUAUAUAUAUAUAUAAUUUUUUUAUGGCCUGAACAACAAUGCAUUGGCAGGGCAAUUCAAGCAAAGUCAAUAUGCCAGUGAUAAUGUAUUGGGCCUAUAGCCUACUGCACAAACCUCAUUACUACAGUACUGUUUGUAAUUGGUUAAUGUUGCAAAGCCUUACUUUUUUAAGCCAUUUAAAAAAUAUAAAUAUUCUGAGCGGUAGAUCUCGGCUUGCGUUUUGACUCAGGAAGUGAUCUUGACUCAGAAAAGUUUGGUGACCACUGUUCUCUCUGUUAACACUAUCAACCUUUCUCUUUACUGUGGCAAUUGUGAUCGAAUCAACGCGAUAUUAGCCACUUUCAAUGCAACAUACCGAAACUAAAUUAACUAUGCAAGAGAUUUUGUUGUAGGCAGAACACAUCGGAGUAGUUUUCUAUUGCAUCGACAGGCAUGACUCAGCGUUCUCUACACAGACCGGUGUGGCCUAACCAAUCAGAUCUGCAGUAUGCAAAACAGACCAUUGCAAUAUAUGGUGCUAUGCCAUUUGCUUUGAACUGGACUGUGUUUAGAGCAUUAGCGGUCGUGAGUAGAUGUGCUUGUUUUGAGAUCAAAGCGAGAGCUGCGUGUAGCCACGUGUGCACAUUUUGUUAAUAUCCUUUGCUAAUUAGUGAGUUUUUAGCCCAGUUAUAGAUAAUUUGUAGUCAGGAAUAGGGGAGUGAUUGCUUUCUGCAAGAGCACCAAACGUGUACAUUUUUAGACAUUUCUAGCCAGUCAGGUAAAGAGCAAUUUUAAAGGGGCAGUGUUGUAUUUUGAGAACGGCUUGAAUAAGCUAAGUAGCCAAUGGGCAGAGGGUAGCAUCAUUUGUCUGAUUCUCUGUAGUAAUGUUAUGGGAAUAAUAAUGCAUUUUAUUUUGUAAAGUGGUUUCUUGCAUCAUACAACACAACAACAUUACCAGUCACCUUGUCUGAAGGACAUGUGGAUAAGCAGGUUAAUGUCAAGCCCUGCAUGUUUUUUUUACAAAAGUUCCAUGGAAUGUAGGCCUACAUUGAACACCACACAUUGGCUGCUACUGUAGGCUGAAUGAUAGAACAGCUAUUAAAAAGGUUAAAAUGUAAUGGGAUGCAUUUUUCUCCAUUGUUUUUGAUAGUAGGCCACUCUGGUAGGCCUACAUUAUGAUCAAAUAUCCACAGUAGCCUACUUGGCCACUGUUAAAACUGUAACCUAAAAUGGCUACACCCUCUGUGUUCACAGUCAACGCGCUGGAAAGUUGCACUGAAUUUUCACAACGUUCAAGUUUGCGCUUAGCAGACCUGAAAUUUGCUCAGUGCCCCCCCAAAAUGGAGGGAACAUUGUUCACAGGGCUUACCCAAAAUCUGAGGUGAAAAUGUACAUGGUGAUGAUCAACAAUACCCAACAGCAUUUUCCAUAAGUAACCUUAAACUGUUUCCAGAAUAUUCCCCAAAUUCAAGUAUUGAAUCUGUUGGGAUAGGUAUAAAACCAUCUUUAAGGGACACAUUAAAUAAUAGUUAAAUCGAGUACAGGCGUAACUGAAUGACAACAGAGAUUAAAUGCAAUGUGGGAUUUUAUUGAAUAGUUUGGGGUAGGCCUCGUCUCUGAGGAAUGCUCCUCAGAGCCAGAUGCUGAUGACCGGUUGCCCUAUGCUGGGCAGCUGGCAUCGAAACCCCCCCCCCCCAGCUGGGAGAAUGGGCUUCUGAUGACGGGUGGUGGUGGAGAGGUGGAAGGUCGUUGGAAGACUGUUGCCGCAAAACAGCAAGCAAGAGACGAGGGUUGAGUUGACAAACUCCCCUAGAUUCAUGCCCAUUGGUUGAAUGAAAGGAAAGUGAUUAUUGCACCAGUGGUUAACCGUAGGUUAUUCAGCAAGCGUGGUGGAAUUGCCUUAGUGCGCCAUGCUCAUAGGCGGAAGUUAAUAGGGGAAGACAUUCUGCAUGCUUGCUAAUAGUAAAGGAGCAGGGGAGACGUGACACUAUGCUGAUGAGGUGACAUUAUAAACACUAUCCUAUAGAUCCCUGCUAUGCCUGUGAGAUAGGAAGCGAUGUGAAUUAUAUUGUGCUAACUAGAUAAAUGUGAAAGUGACGAGCCAUUCAGACCAGCCUUACUGAUUUUGAACUUUCGUAAAACUACAUUAUUCCCAAAGACUCAUGUUUCAGGCUUUGGUAGGCAACCCGCUAUGCAAACUCAAUUUCCAAUGGCUAGUUCAAGCCUAAACAAGCCCAGAAGCUGUAUGUAUAUACAUACAGUAAGAUUGAUGUCCACUGAUACCUGCACAGAGGCUAUGGCUGAGUCCCAAAUGGCACCCUAUUCCCUAUGCAGUGCACUACUUUUGACCAAGGCCCAUAGGUAAUGCACUAUAUAUGGAAUAGGGUGCCAUUUGGGACCCAUCCUAUGGGAAGCCUCUGGGAACAAGAGCACUAGAAUACGCGGGGGAAUUAGCAUAGAAGAAUAUGCUACAAGAAGAGUCACGGAGAAAGAUAAAUGAGUGGGCGCCUGCUGAAGAACACAAAAAUGAAAAGCCUACGCCAGGGAAUACAAUCAAAUUGUAUUCACCUUGAACCAGCGGUGUGUUCAGUCUAAUUUUAUCCCACGUGGAGAAGCCAAUGUCACCACCGUGGCAUUUGACAUUAGAGGUGUAUUACAGUAUGUAAUGUAUGUCUCCAAGCCACGAUGCUCUUGUCCAAAACUUCUUGUCCAAAACUUCUUGCUCUGAUCUGAGCUUCUGUUGUCAGCUCCUUAAAGCCAUCUAUUCUCCUUUAUUCAAUUAACUUUAUUGAUGUUUUGCAUAAUUUAUAAUAUGAUUUACAGAGGGGGGGGGGGGGAUAAAUCAAAACGAAUCAUAGGGAUUCAAUGUAGUUAUGAUUCUUCAUAAGGGUGAAACAUGGCUAACACAUCAUUAUAGUGACACUUAGUAUAAGUAAUAUGUCACCCUACGCUGAACUAAAAUAUAAACGCAACAUGUAAAGUGUUGGUCCCAUGUUUCAUGAGCUGAAAUAAAAAAUCCCAGAAAUCUUACAUACACACAAAAAGCUUAUUUCUCUAAAAUGUUGUGCACAAAUUUGUUUACAUCCCUGUUAGUGAGCAUUUCUCCAUUGCCAAGAUAAUCCAUCCACCUGACAGGUGUGGCAUAUCAAGAAGCUGAUUAAACAGCAUGAUCAUAGCACAGGUCAAUAAAACGUCAAUCUAAAAUGUGCCGUUUUUUCACACAACACAAUGCCACAGAUAUCUCAAGUUUUGAGGGGGCGAGCAAUUGGCAUGCUAACUGCAGGAAUGUCCACGAGCUGUUGCCAGAGAAUUGAAUGUUGAUUUCUAUACGAUAAUACAUGUCCAACGUUGUUUUAGAGAAUUUGGCUGUAAGUCCAAUCGGCCUCACAACCACAGACCACAUGUAACCACGCCAGCCCAUGACCUCCACAUCUGGCUUCUUCACCUGCGGGAUCGUCUGAGACCAGCCACCCAGACAGCUGAUGAAACGGUGGGCCCAUUGUCGCAAGGAUCUGUACACAAUUCCUGGAAGCUGAAAAUGGCCCAGUUCUUCCAUGGCCUGCAUAUUCACCAGACAUGUCACACAUGUUUGGGAUGCUCUGAAUUAGCGAUGUGACAAAUGGAAAAUGUUGCUUAAUGUUUAAACUGCCGUUUUUCUUUUUAUCGGUUUUCCGUGUCAGUUUACAAUGCAGAAUAAUGGUCAUAUUACGUAUGUAUGACCGCUAGGGCUGGGUAAUGAAGUUAUAUCUACUGCAACCCUUUACAGACAUAGAACGGAGCUACAGUAACAUGUCCAUAGCGACAAUAACUUUUCAGACAAUAAAAAAAAAAGUGCUGCAUCAGGUUUUUACAUGUUCGGUGUUGUUUCCGUGACAACAAUAAAGGUGGCUGGUUGAUGAGCUGCUGUGGUGGUGUUUAUGCUGUUUUUAUGGUAGGGUAGCUAGAUGUGCUUUCUUUCUGCUAAAUGUCUACCCUAACAGACAGACAAACAUGCAGUAGCCGAGGCGCUUUCAAAGGGGCACAUUCCAUUAUGUCUGAAAAGCAUAAUAGAUACAAGCUACCAGUAGCCUGCUGUAAUUCCAUAUGAGGCAAAAAUGAAGAGUAGACUACCCUCUGCUCGCAAGACUGGCUCGAAGACAUUGGUGCCAUGAAUAGGGUAGAAUAUUCUACAGGCAACAGACCGAUGACAGGCCAGUGUGAGGGAGAGAGAGACGGAGCAGGCAGGCCAGUGUGAGGGAGAGAGAGACGGGGCAGGCAGGCCAGUGUGAGGGAGAGAGAGAUGGAGCGGGCAGGCCAGUGUGAGGGAGAGAGAGACAGGGCAGGCAGGCCAGUGUGAGGGAGAGAGAGAUGGAGCGGGCAGGCCAGUGUGAGGGAGAGAGAGACAGGGCAGGCAGGCCAGUGUGAGGGAGAGAGAGAUGGAGCGGGCAGGCCAGUGUGAGGGAGAGAGAGAUGGAGCAGGCAGGCCAGUGUGAGGGAGAGAGAACAGGGCAGGCAGGCCAGUGUGAGGGAGAGAGAGAUGGAGCGGGCAGGCCAGUGUGAGGGAGAGAGAGAUGGAGCAGGCAGGCCAGUGUGAGGGAGAGAGAGACAGGGCAGGCAGGCCAGUGUGAGGGAGAGAGAGAUGGAGCGGGCAGGCCAGUGUGAGGGAGAGAGAGAUGGAGCGUGCAGGCCAGUGUGAGGGAGAGCGAGACGGAGCAGGCAGGCCAGUGUGAGGGAGAGAGAGACGGAGCAGGCAGGCCAGUGUGAGGGAGAGAGAGACGGAGCAGGCAGGCCAGUGUGAGGAGAGAGAGAGGGCAGGCAGGCCAGUGUGAGGAGAGAGAGGGCAGGCAGGCCGUGGAGGGAGAAGAGAGGGGCAGGCAGGCCAGUGUGAGGAAGAGAGAGAGGGGCAGGCAGGCCAGUGUGAGGGAGAGAGAGAUGGAGCGGGCAGGCCAGUGUGAGGGAGAGAGAGCAGGAGCAGGGCAGAGGCCAGGCUGUGAGAGGAGAGAGAGAUGGAGCGGCAGGCCAGUGGUGAGGGAGAGAGAGAGGGGCGGGCAGGCCAGUGUGAGGGAGAGAGAGUCGGAGCAGGCAGGCCAGUGUGAGGGAGAGAGGAUGAGGCGGGCAGGCCAGUGUGAGGGAGAGAGAGAUGAGAGGCAGGCAGGCCAGUGUGAGGGAGAGAGAGAUGGAGCGGGCAGGCCAGUGUGAGGGAGAGAGAGACGGAGCAGGCAGGCCAGUGUGAGGGAGAGAGAGACGGAGCAGGCAGGCCAGUGUGAGGAAGAGAGAGAGGGGCAGGCAGGCCAGUGUGAGGGAGAGAGAGACGGAGCAGGCAGGCAGUGAGGGGAAGAGGCGGCAGGCCAGUAGAGAGAGGAGAGAGCAGAAAGAGCAGGCGCUGGAAGAGAGGCAGCAGCAGGGAGAGAGAGGGGCAGGCAGGCCAGGAGAGAGAGGGGCAGGCAGGCCAGUGUGAGAGAGGGGCAGGCAGGCCAGUGUGAGAGAGGGGCAUGCCUCGCAAAUUGUCUUGUCUUGUAUGCCUCACAAAUUCACAAAUAGCCUAAAGUUCUAUUUUCCCCAGGCCUUUAUAGCCUGUCGGCUAUAACACAGAAAAUUAAUGUUUUGUGAUCACUGAACUGUGAUUUUAAUUAAUUUUGAUUUAAUUUCAACUUCUAUUUAACUAGGCAAGUUAAUUAAGAACAAAUACUUAUUUACAAUGACGGCGUACUUAAGUGGGAAAGGGUUUUUUAAUGUUAAGGAUCCCAACUUCAUUUAAACGUUUAAAUGUUCACACCCCUGCUCUGGAUCGACGUGUACGACAGCGUGUUCCAGUUCCUGCCAAUAUCCAGCAACUUUGCACAGCCAUUGAAGAGGAGUGGCACAACAUUCCACAGGCCACAGUCAACAGCCUGAUCAACUCUAUGCGAAGGGGAUGUGUCGCGCUGCAUGAGACAAGUGGUUGUCACACAGAUAGUGACUGGUUUUCUGAUCCACAACCCCUACUUUUUUUUCUGUGUGACCAACAGAUGCAUAUCUGUAAAACGCAACAUGCAAGAAUUUCAAAGAUUUUACUGAGUUACAGUUCAUAUAAGGAAAUCAGUCAAUUUAAAUAAAAUCAUUAUGUCCUAAUCUAUGGACCUAAUGAAUUUAUUUAAAUUGACUGAUUUUCUUACAUGAACUGUAACUCAGUAAAAUCUUUGAAAUUGUUGCAUGUUGCGUUUUAUAUUUUUGUUCAGUGUAAUAUGUUAGGUCAACUGACAUACAGUGGGGAGAAAAAGUAUUUGAUACACUGACGAUUUUGCAAGUUUUCCUACUUACAAAGCAUGUAGAGGUCUGUAAUUUUUAUCAUAGGUACACUUCAACUGUGAGAGACAGCAUCUAAAACAAAAAUGCAGAAAAUCACAUUGUAUGAGUUUUAAGUAAUUAAUUUGCAUUUUAUUGCAUGACAUAAGUAUUUGAUACAUCAGAAAAGGAGAACUUAAUAUUUGGUACAGAAACCUUUGUUUGCAAUUACAGAGAUCAUACGUUUCCUGUAGGUCUUGACCAGGUUUGCACACACUGCAGCAGGGAUUUUGGCCCACUCCUCCAUACAGACCUUCUCCAGAUCCUUCAGGUUUCGGGGCUGUCGCUGGGCAAUACGGACUUUCAGCUCCCUCCAAAGAUGUUCUAUUGGGUUCAGGUCUGGAGACUGGCUAGGCCACUCCAGGACCUUGAGAUGCUUCUUACGGAGCCACUCCUUAGUUGCCCUGGCUGUGUGUUUUGGGUCGUUGUCAUGCUGGAAGACCCAGCCACGACUCAUCUUCAAUGCUCUUACUGAGGGAAGGAGGUUGUUGGCCAAGAUCUUGCGAUACAUGGCCCCAUCCAUCCUCCCCUCAAUACGGUGCAGUCAUCCUGUCCCCUUUGCAGAAAAGCAUCCCCAAAGAAUGAUGUUUCCACCUCCAUGCUUCACGGUUGGGAUGGUGUUCUUGGUGUUGUACUCAUCCUUCUUCUUCCUCCAAACAAGGCGAGUGGAGUUUAGACCAAAAAGCUCUAUUUUUGUCUCAUCAGACCACAUGACCUUCUCCCAUUCCUCCUCUGGAUCAUCCAGAUGGUCAUUGGCAAACUUCAGACGGGCCUGGACAUGCGCUGGCUUGAGCAGCGGGACCUUGCAUGCACUGCAGGAUUUUAAUCCAUGACGGCGUAGUGUGUUACUAAUGGUUUUCUUUAAGACUGUGGUCCCAGCUCUCUUCAAGUCAUUGACCAGGUCCUGCCGUGUAGUUCUGGGCUGAUCCCUCACCUUCCUCAUGAUCAUUGAUGCCCCACGAGGUGAGAUCUUGCAUGGAGCCCCAGACCGAGGGUGAUUGACCGUCAUCUUGAACUUCUUCAAUUUUCUAAUAAUUGUGCCAACAGUUGUUGCCUUCUCACCAAGCUGCUUGCCUAUUGUCUUGUAGCCCAUCCCAGCCUUGUGCAGGUCCACAAUUGUAUCCCUGAUGUCCUUACACAGCUCUCUGGUCUUGGCCAUUGUGGAGAGGUUGGAGUCUGUUUGAUUGAGUGUGUGGACAGGUGUCUUUUAUACAGGUAACGAGUUCAAACAGGUGCAGUUAAUACAGGUAAUGAGUGGAGAACAGGAGGGCUUCUUAAAGAAAAACUAACAGGACUGUGAGAGCCGGAAUUCUUACUGGUUGGUAGGUGACCAAAUACUUAUGUCAUGCAAUAAAAUGGCAAGGAAUUACUUAAAAAUCAUACAAUGUGAUUUUCUGGAUUUUUGAUUUUUUAGAUUCCGUCUCUCACAGUUGAAGUGUACCUAGUAUAAAAAUUACAGACCUCUACAUGCUUUGUAAGUAGGAAAACCUGCAAAAUCGGCAGUGAAUCAAAUACUUGUUCUCCCCAACUGUAUGUUUUUAUUCAUUAGGAUCCCCAUUAGCCGACGCCAAUGGGGACAGCUAGUCUUACUGGGGUCCAACACAUAACGAAAAAUACAUUACAGACAAAAUACUUUACAACUAACAUGCAUUUAAAAACAUGAACAUGUAGUGUGUGUGUGUGCAUCUAUCAGUUACACAUACAUGUCAGUAGAUACACACAACAAGUAGGUCACAAUGAUUAAAUGUCACCAUUUUGAACUGAAACGAGACCAUGUUGAAAUGACACCCCUCCUACUAGGCAGAUUCUUGUUGUUCCAGUCAAUUCUGGACCUUUCUUAUUUCUUACUCUAGACAUUUUGACAGUUUGAGCAAUCGUACUUCCUCUUCCAGUUAAAAAGAUGAUGGUAUGUGGACUACAGAAAGUCAUAGAAACAGUGUGAUCCCUAUCAAAUUGAUCAUAUCGUCGGUCUCAUGACAGGAAACAUCAACAGAGAUAUCAAGAGCUGUACAAUGGACAAACAGUGUUUUACAGAAUCCUUAUGACAAUUAAUUAAUUUAUGCCUUGAGGGGAUAUAUCUUUUCAUUUCUAUGUCUUAUUCAUGUUUUUAUGCAGAUCAUACAAUAGGAUGACAUUAAUGGUACAGGUACUUGGAGAAUACUGUGAUUUACUUAAACAGAACAACAACAACAACAUUGAAAAGGAGAAAAACUGGAAAACAUUUCAGGAAAGAAAAGGAGACCAACCAGUUUGUUUCCUCUUCUGUGACUUUUUGUGCCAGAGAAAGUUGCAUCAUUAAGACAAUUUGACAGAACAAAUAUAGCCCAGUUUUAUUAGGAGUAAACAUAAGAGGUGUUGCGUGAGGUUUAGUGGUUUGGUUGCAUGCUUGAAAAUCCCUUCUCUUUGUCUUUUUAUACUGAGAUGAACAGACAACUUCCUGGUUCUUCUCUUGUGUUGUGGUAACUGGAGUUCAGAUCCACUGUGUGUUCCAAAAUAGACGGAAGAAGCGGAUGAGAGGGGUGAGACAGGAUAGGGAGGCUGCGUCCCAAAUGGCACCCUAUUCCCUAUAAAGUGUCACAUAGGGCCAUGGUCAAAAGUAGUGCACUAUGUAGGUAAUAGGGUGCCAUUUGGGACAAAGCCACAGUGUAGUGUAGGAAGAUUUUGCUCAAGGAAAAAGUGAGUCCAGGAAAAGCAGUUGAUUGUUAAUUAGAGUCAAGGUGAGCCCAGGAGCCUAGUAUUCACAUGAAGACUAACACAUACAGUACCAGUCAAAAGUUUGGACAUACCUACUCAUCCAAGGGUUUGUAUGUAUAUUGUAGAAUAGUAGUGAAGACAUCAAAACUAUGAAAUAACACAUAUGGAAUCAUGUAGUAACCAAAACAGUGUUAAACAAAUCAAAAUAUAUUUUAUAUUUGAGAUUCUUCAAAGUAGCCACCCUUUGCCUUGAUGACAGGUUUGCACACUCUUGGCAUUCUCUCAACCAGCUACACCUGGAAUGCUUUUCCAACAGUCUUGAAGGAGUUCCCACAUAUGCUGAGCAUUUGUUGGCUGCUUUUCCUUCACUCUGUGGUCCAACUCAUCCCAAACCAUCUCAAUUGAGUUGAGGUCAGGUGAUUAUAGAGGCCAGGUCAUCUGAUGCAGCACUCCAUCACGCUCUUUAUUGGUCAAAUAGCCCUUACACAGCCCGGAGGUGUGUUUUGGGUGAUUGUCCUGUUGAAAAACAAAUGAUAGUCCCACUAAGCGUAAACCAGAUGGAAUGGCGUAUCGCUGCAGAAUGCUGUGGUAGCCAUGCUGGUUAAGUGUGCCUUGAAUUCUAAAUAAAUCACAGACAGUGUCACCAGCAAAGCACCCCCACACCAUCAAACCUCCUCCUCCAUGCUUCACGGUGGGAACCACACAUGCGGAGAUCAUCCGUUCACCUACUCUGCAUCUCACAAAGACACAGCGGUUGGAACCAAAAAAGGACAGAUUUCCACCGGUCUAAUGUCCAUUGCUCGUGUUUCUUGGCCCAAGCAAGUCUCUUCUUCUUAUUGGUGUCCUUUAGUAGUGGUUUCUUUGUAGCAAUUCGACCAUGAAGGGCUGAUUCACGGUCUCCUCUGAACAGUUGAUGUUGAGAUGUGUCUGUUACUUGAACUCUGUGAUGCAUUUAUUUGGGCUGCAAUCUGAGGUGCAGUUAACUCUAAUGAACUUAUCCUCUGCAGCAGAGGUAACUCUGGGUCUUCCUACCUCAUGAAGUGGCGGUCCUCAUGAGAGCCAGUUCCAUCAUAGUUCUUGAUGGUUUUUGCGACUGCGCUUUAAGAAAAUGCCAAAGUUCUUGAAAUGUUCCAGAUUGACUGACCUUCAUUUCUUAAAGUAAUGAUGGACUGUCGUUUCUCUUUGCUUAUUUGAGCUGUUCUUGCCAUAAUAUAGACUUGGUCUUUUACCAAAUAGGGCUAUCUUCUGUAUACUCCCCCUACCUUGUCACAACACAACUGAUUGGCUCAAAUGCAUUAAGAAGGAAAGAAAUUCCACAAAAUAACUUUAAACAAGGCACACCUGUUUAAUUGAAAUGCAUUCUAGGUCACUACCUCAUGAAGCUGGUUGAGAGAAUGCCAAGAGUGUGCAAACCUGUCAUCAAGGCAAAGGGUGGCUACUUUGAAGAAGUAUAGUUUGAUUUGCUUAACACUUUUUUGGUUACUACAUGAUUCCAUAUGUGUUAUUUCAUAGAUUUGAUGUCUUCACUAUUAUUCUACAAUGUAGAAAAUUGCACAAAUAAAGAAAAACCCUUGGAUUAGUUGGUGUGUCCAAACUUUUGACUGGUACUGUAUUUCAUAUAACAUUAAUAUAUACACUGAGUGUACAAAACAUUAGGAACACCUUCCUACUAUUGAGAUUCACCUCCCAUCUUAGUUGAUGUCCAGUGACUUACCUGCCCUGAAGUGGCAGAUGUAGCCAUGAACCAGGUCAUAUAACGCAUUAUAAACUGUGUAGUUAGAGCCCUGAGUGCUGAUUGGAUGAAAGCUGUGGUAUAUCAGACAAUAUGCCAUGGGUAUGAAGCAAAAUUACUUUUUAUAAUAGCAACAAGGCACCUGGGGGGUUUGUGGUAUAUGGCCGAUAUACCACGGCUAAGGGCUGUAUCCAGGCACUCCACGUUGCGUCGCGCUUAAGAACAGCUCUUAGCCGUGGUAGAUUGGCCAUAUACCAAACCUCUUGCCUUAUUGCUUCAUUAUAACAGCCUUGUAAUGCAUUACAACCAUUAUAUAAUGUUACCAAUCUUAGUUAAUGUACAUGGGAUUUUUCAGGAUUGCUCAUGUGUUUGAAAACACCAUCAUCAAACCCAAUGAAACACUGAGUAAAGGAAGGCUCUCGAGUGGCGCAGCGGUCUAAGGCAUUGCAUCUCAGUGCUUGAGGCGUCUAUACAGACCCCCUGAUUCGAUUUCAGGCUGUAUCACAACCGGCCGUGAUUGGGAGUCCCAUAGGGCGGCGCACAAUUGGCCCAGCGUCGUCCGGGUUUGGCCGGUGUAGGCCGUCAUUGUAAAUAAGGUACUGAGGUAUUGUUCACAUCCCUGCUGCACUUCCAUGACCAGGUACUGAGGUACUGUUCACAUCCCUGCUGCAUUUCCAUGACCAGGUACUGAGGUACUGUUCACUUCCAUGACCAGGUACUGAGGUACUGUUCACAUCCCUGCUGCACUUCCAUGACCAGGUACUGAGGUACUGUUCACUUCCAUGACCAGGUACUGAGGUACUGUUCACAUCCCUGCUGCAUUUCCAUGACCAGGUACUGAGGUACUGUUCACUUCCAUGACCAGGUACUGAGGUACUGUUCACUUCCAUGACCAGGUACUGAGGUACUGUUCACUUCCAUGACCAGGUACUGAGGUACUGUUCACUUCCAUGACCAGGUACUGAGGUACUGUUCACUUCCAUGACCAGGUACUGAGGUACUGUUCACUUCCAUGACCAGGUACUGAGGUACUGUUCACUUCCAUGACCAGGUACUGAGGUACUGUUCACUUCCCUGCUGCACUUCCAUGACCAGGUACUGAGGUACUGUUCACUUCCUCCUGGUGUUUUGCUGGAUUUCCCCCCUCUGUGGUUUAAACCAUAGAAAUAUAAUUCAUUAUAUGUAUAUGGUCUGAACUGUAUGUUGCUGUGGCAGGGAUGAAAUGUUGAAAUCAGAGUUGUUGAAGUGAGGAACAGAUCCAGUUUUUCCUCAACAAAUUAUCACAAUUCUUUGAUCUAUUUGGAGCCAUGCUCACAAUCGGACUGACUUGAAGUAACAGUAUCCGUGAUGUUUGUAUGGCUGUAACAAAGACUAUCCAGAUCAUCUAUGGAGACCUCUCUGAUUGUUUUCAGGUGUCCUGAGUUAUCAUGAGUUGUUAGACAGACACUUCUGCUCUAUCUCUGACAUCCAGUCCGUGUCAAAUAUUCAUUGAAGUUCAAAGCAUCUGGGAGUCCUAACCAAUAACCAACUUUUCAUUUUCAUCCCUAGGUCCACCUUGUGGCACAUCUUGUGAUCCCAACCCAUGUAGGAACAGCGGAGAGUGUGAGGAGAGGUCCGAGAGCGCCGCUGGAUAUGCUUGUGCUUGUCUGGAGGGAUUCACGGGCCUCCGCUGUGACACCCCCGUUAACAUCAAUUGCCUUUCAUACGAAUGUCAGCGGGAAAAGGCGUGCUCCUUGGGGAAACAUGUGAGAACUCUAUUUCUACGUCCCAAAUAUCACUCUAAAUAGUGCACUACUAGAGGCCUAGUGGAAAGUAUUGCCGUAUAGAGGGAAUAAGGUGUCAUUUUGGAUGCGUCCCAUUCCUCCUUCUUCAUUCUCUUCAGCCCUCCUCCUCCUCCUCCUCCUCUGAGGGCCUGAUUAAUAGGAAAUGUCACAUGCAAAUUAAUAUCUUAGUCUUUGAAGCAGAUGGAGUGUAAUUUUGAAGGUUGGAACAACAACUAAUAUUUCUGCCUUCAAUGGGGGUUAGCACGGCUCAGGGAAGGAGAGCGUGGUGGUGGUGGCGCUGGUUAUUUUUGGUGGGCAUUUUGAUUAGACUGGAAUUAACUAUUGCAUAUUUUAAGUGGCAGAUUGAAAUUGCAUUUACGAAAGGGGAUCUUUUAUUCUAGUUGGAGGCGUCUGUUGGCCGCAGUCCGUUUUCAAUUUCAGGCCUUUUCUCUAUGAAAUGUUACAGUGAUACAGGACAGGGGUUUUAAUCAUCAAUUGCUGAGUGCCAAUAGUUUCUCUAUUAUGCAAGAGGCGACGCGUGAGAGAAAAGUAUAUUAAAAUGGGCUAAUUGUCUUUUUGUGACCUUCACUUGUGACUUCAUUAUGGAAUUUGCCACAGAUUUUACAAUAACUGAUUAUAAUGGGUUUUUCAACCCACUUGAGAAUAUUCCAUAAGGCAUUAUUAACCAGUCAUAACACCUUAAUGAGUGUUGCAGGAUUACGCAUGACAACCUUCAUGACACAUUCACAGUAAUGGGAGCCCAGUGUUGAUAGCAUAGCAGCACUCCAUAUAUCAACCUGAUAUGUUUGACAUUGAUUUUGUCUCAGUCUCAUCUCUGUAAGGGACUGUAAAUGAACUCAUCUUUCAACCUGAGAGCCUUGGCGACUCGAAGCAACUGUUAAUAUUAGUAUCUUCUCUGAUUAAGCAUCUUCGUUUUAUCAUCUCUGACUCUGAGUCAGAUAUAUUAUUAUUGUCAAGAUCAUUCCUGAUGAGAUGUGAUGAGAGCUGUAGUACGCUAGUCGAGCUAAUGACCUAGCUGUCUCCAUCUAUUCUUAGUAUCUCUAUGAUGGAUUGAUUUAUUUGAUUUAAGUGUCGUACACCAAUUGGUGCUCAAUGGGCUUUAUAAGACACUUUCUUUACGUACGUGUUAACAAAAUACAAAACUAAAUUACAUGUAACAAAUGAAAUGCAUAGUUAGUAAUCAUCAGAAAGUACAGCUUUCACCUUAUUUCUCCUUCUCUCCGUGUCACUGUAGCUGUCCUGCUUCACUCCCUAACGUUGUGCUGUUACAGUUCUUUACUCACUGUCUUGUUCUGCUAGGGAGAGGGAUCUGGAUCCACUAACACUGUCUUGUUCUGCUAGGGAGAGGGAUCUGUCUCCACUAACACUGUCUUGUUCUGCUAGGGAGAGGGAUCUGUCUCCACUAACACUGUCUUGUUCUGCUAGGGAGAGGGAUCUGUCUCCACUAACACUGUCUUGUUCUGCUAGGGAGAGGGAUCUGUCUCCACUAACACUGUCUUGUUCUGCUAGGGAGCGGGAUCUGUCUCCACUAACACUGUCUUGUUCUGCUAGGGAGAGGGAUCUGUCUCCACUAACACUGUCUUGUUCUGCUAGGGAGAGGGAUCUGGAUCCACUAACACUGUCUUGUUCUGCUAGGGAGAGGGAUCUGUCUCCACUAACACUGUCUUGUUCUGCUAGGGAGAGGGAUCUGUCUCCACUAACAUUGUCUUGUUCUGCUAGGGAGCGGGAUCUGUCUCCACUAACACUGUCUUGUUCUGCUAGGGAGAAGGAUCUGGCUCCACUAACACUGUCUUGUUCUGCUAGGGAGAGGGAUCUGGCUCCACUAACACUGUCUUGUUCUGCUAGGGAGAGGGAUCUGUCUCCACUAACACUGUCUUGUUCUGCUAGGGAGAGGGAUCUGUCUCCACUAACACUGUCUUGUUCUGCUAGGGAGAGGGAUCUGUCUCCACUAACACUGUCUUGUUCUGCUAGGGAGCGGGAUCUGUCUCCACUAACACUGUCUUGUUCUGCUAGGGAGAGGUAUCUGUCUCCACUAACACUGUCUUGUUCUGCUAGGGAGAGGGAUCUGGAUCCACUAACACUGUCUUGUUCUGCUAGGGAGAGGGAUCUGUCUCCACUAACACUGUCUUGUUCUGCUAGGGAGAGGGAUCUGUCUCCAUUAACACUGUCUUGUUCUGCUAGGGAGAGGGAUAUGUCUCCACUAACACUGUCUUGUUCUGCUAGGGAGAGGGAUCUGGCUCCACUAACACUGUCUUGUUCUGCUAGGGAGAGGGAUCUGUCUCCACUAACACUGUCUUGUUCUGCUAGGGAGAGGGAUCUGGCUCCAUUAACACUGUCUUGUUCUGCUAGGGAGAGGGAUCUGUCUCCACUAACACUGUCUUGUUCUGCUAGGGAGAGGGAUCUGGCUCCACUAACACUGUCUUACUCUGCUAGGGAGAGGGAUCUGUCUCCAUUAACACUGUCUUGUUCUGCUAGGGAGAGGGAUCUGGAUCCACUAACACUGUCUUGUUCUGCUAGGGAGAGGGAUCUAUCUCCACUAACACUGUCUUGUUCUGCUAGGGAGAGGGAUCUGUCUCCACUAACACUGUCUUGUUCUGCUAGGGAGUGGGGUCUGUCUCCACUAACACUGUCUUGUUCUGCUAGGGAGAGGGAUCUGUCUCCACUAACACUGUCUUGUUCUGCUAGGGAGAGGGAUCUGUCUCCAUUAACACUGUCUUGUUCUGCUAAGGAGCGUGACUGGCUCCAUUAACACUGUAUUGUUCUGUCUCCACUAACACUGUCUUGUUCUGCUAGGGAGAGGGAUCUGUCUCCAUGAACACUGUCUUGUUCUGCUAGGGAGAUUGAUCUGGCUCCAUUAACACUGUCUUGUUCUGCUAGGGAGAUUGAUCUGGCUCUAUUAAUAAUGUCUUGUUCUGCUAGGGAGAGUGAUAUGUCUCCAUUAACACUGUCUUGUUCUGCUAGGGAAAGUGAUCUGUCUCCGCUAACACUGUCUUUAUCUCUAAUCUAAGUGUGUUUUCUCAAGCUGACUUGAGGCCUGGUUUGUUUUCACCCUGUGUGUGCGUGUGCGUGCAAGCGUGUGUGUUUGUUUUAAAUGUGUGUGUGCAUGCCUAAGUGUGUGUGUGUGUGUGUGCAGACCUCUCCUGAGUGUGUAGCCUCCGUCUGGCAGUGUGUAGAUGGAACCACAGGCCCACAGUGCAGGAGGCAGCGCAGCCCGUGCAGCCCUUCACCCUGCCACAACAACGGCAGCUGUUUAGUCCAGGGAGAGGACUACAUCUGCAGGUGAGACACAUGGCAGUAUAUUCAGGAUGCAGGUGAGACACAUGGCAGUAUAUUCAGGAUGUAGGUGAGACACAUGGCAGUAUAUUCAGGAUGUAGGUGAGACACAUGGCAGUAUAUUCAGGAUGUAGGUGAGACACAUGGCAGUAUAUUCAGGAUGUAGGUGAGACACAUGGCAGUAUAUUCAGGAUGUAGGUGAGACAUGGCAGUAUAUUCAGGAUGUAGAUGAGACACAUGGCAGUAUAUUCAGGAUGCAGGUGAGACACAUGGCAGUAUAUUCAGGAUGCAGGUGAGACACAUGGCAGUAUAUUCAGGAUGUAGAUGAGACACAUGGCAGUAUAUUCAGGAUGUAGGUGAGACACAUGGUAGUAUAUUCAGGAUGUAGAUGAUCCAGUGACCUAUGCGGUUCUGAUGGCCCAGUGUGUUAGUUAGAGCAUUGGGCCUAGCUAGCAUGGGUCUUAAUUAGCAACACCAGGGUUGGAGCAUGGUGCUUAACUAGCAACACCAGGGUUAGAGCAUGGUGCUUAGAUAGCAACACCAGGGUUAGAGCAUGGUGCUUAGAUAGCAACACCAGGGUUAGAGCAUGGUGCUUAACUAGCAACACCAGGGUUAGAGCAUGGGGCCUAGCUAGCAACACCAGGGUUAGAGCAUGGUGCUUAACUAGCAACACCAGGGUUAGAGCAUGGUGCUUAAUUAGCAACACCAGGGUUAGAGCAUGGUGCUUAACUAGCAACACCAGGGUUAGAGCAUGGUGCUUAAUUAGCAACACCAGGGUUAGAGCAUGGUGCUUAACUAGCAACACCAGGGUUAGAGCAUGGUGCUUAAUUAGCAACACCAGGGUUAGAGCAUGGGGCUUAACUAGCAGCACCAGGGUUAGAGCAUGGUGCUUAACUAGCAACAACAGGGUUAGAGCAUGGUGCUUAACUAGCAACACCAGGGUUAGAGCAUGGGGCCUAGCUAGCAACACCAGGGUUAGAGCAUGGUGCUUAACUAGCAACACCAGGGUUAGAGCAUGGAUCUUAACUAGCAACACCAGGGUUAGAGCAUGGUGCUUAACUAGCAACACCAGGGUUAGAGCAUGGGGCCUAACUAGCAACACCAGGGUUAGAGCAUGGUGCCUAACUAGCAACACCAGGGUUGGAGCAUGGUGCCUAACUAGCAACACCAGGGUUGUGGGUUAGAGCAUGGUGCUGGCAACGGGGCGGCUGGUAGCCUAGCGGUUAAGAGCGUUGGGUCGGUAACCGAAAAGUUGCCGGUUCGAAUUCCCGAGUUGACUAGGAGACAAAUCUGCUGAUGUGCCCUUGAGCAAGUCACCUAACCCUAAUUGCUCCCGUAAAUCGUUCUGGAUGAGAGCGUCUGCUAAGUGACUAAAAUGUAAAUGUAAUGUGUUACUGUCAAUGUCGUAGAUAAAAGCGUCUGCUAUAAUGUUGCUACUAUGUUCUUCUAAUAAACUCAGGACAGGAAGCAUCUUUCAUAAUAGCUAAUUAUUUUCCUUUAUAUACUUCAGAUUAGGGCUGGGAAUUGCCAUGGACAUCACGACACGAUAUUAUCAUAAUACUUAGCUGAUACGAUAUGUAUUGCAAUUCUCACGACUCUCACAAUUCUAUAUGUAUUGCGAUUCAAAUUUGAUAUUGCGAUUUAAUGUUCCAAACAUAUUGCUCACCAUAGUUCUGCUGCAGAGGUAGAAGAGAGAGCAUGGAGAAUCGUUUUGAUCAGUCAUGAAAAUAAAAGUGCUGAAAACAUGUUGGCUCACUAUUCAAAGCUGCGGUAUGUCACUUUUUGGAUGACCUGACCAAAUUCACAUAGAUAUGUGUGUUAUAGAUCUGUCAUUCUCAUUGAAAGCAAGUCUAAGAAGCGGCAGAUCUGUUCUAUAUGCACUAUUUCUAUGCUUCUCGUUCUAAAGUUUUGUUUUUGCGUCUUUUAUUUUCGGUUUUGUACACCAGCUUCAAACAGCUGAAAAUACAAUAUUUUUGGUUAUGGAAAAUAUAUUUCACAGCGGUUUAGAUGGUAUAAUGAUUUUCUACACAAUGACUGCUUGUUUUGUCACAUAAACUGAAAUUGGGGCGAACUAUUCAAAUUUUUGCAACCAGGAAAUGGGCCAGCGAUUUCUGCAUAUUGCACCUUUUAACAGUAAGACGGAGAACAAGCUAUAGGUUGAAAAAUACCCGAUUUUGGGCACAGGUACAGCCAACUAGCACUACACUUGGAGUGAAAUAUCGAUAUAAUAUUGUCCAAAAAUAAGAACACGAUAUGUAACUGUAUCAAUCCCCCCCCCCCCCCCCCCCCCCCCCCAUCACUACCUCAGGUCUGUGUGUUGAUAUUAGUUGGUUAUUUACCUUACUACAAAGAAGGUCUUUUGAACUGCUCUCUGGUGAUCAUGACAAGAGUGACGGCCACGCAUAAUACUUUAUAGGUACUCACCAUUUAGGAUGGGUGAUUUUCAGACCCUGUUCUAGAGCUAUUGCUUCAGCUGUCUCAGGCAGUAUUUCUCAGUGGAUACGAAGGGUAAAGUUCAGCCCAGUCAAUACAUUCACGUCUUCUCUUCUCUGAGUCAGUAGCAGUUGGAAAAAAGAGAUAGAAAAAGAGGUGGAAAAGUUAAAUCGGAACACAUUUCAACAUUUAAUUCAACAUUUAUUAUUAUUAUUAUUUGUGAAGGGGACAUGUCUGUUGUUGGUUAGGGAUAGUGUAGAGAAGGGGACAUGUCUGUCUGUGGUAGGAUUGUAGAGAAGGGGACUGUCGUCUGUGGGUAGGAUAGUGUAGAGAAGGGACUGUCGUUGUUGGUAGAGGAUAGUGUAAGAGGACAUGUCGCGUGGUAAGGAUGUGUAAGAAGGACUGUCGUGUUGGUAGAGGAUAGUGUAGAAGGGGACAUGUCUGUCUGUUGGUAGAGUAGUGUAGAGAAGGACAUGUCUGUCUGUUGGGUAGAGGAUAGUGUAGAAAGGGACAUGUCUGUCUUUGGUAGAGGAUAGUGUAGAGAAGGGGACAUGUCGUCUGUUGGGUAGAGGAUAGUGUAGAGAAGGGACAUGUCUGUCUGUUGGGUAGAGGAUAUGUAGAGAAGGGGACAUGUCUGUCUGUUGGGUAGAGGAUAGUGUAGAGAAGGGGACAUGUCUGUCUGUUGGGUAGAGGAUAGUGUAGAGAAGGGGACAUGUCCGUCUGUUGGGUAGAGGAUAGUGUAGAGAAGGGGACAUGUCUGUCUGUUGGGUAGAGGAUAGUGUAGAGAAGGGGACAUGUCUGUCUGUUGGGUAGAGGAUAGUGUAGAGAAGGGGACAUGUCUGUCUGUUGGGUAGAGGAUAGUGUAGAGAAGGGGACAUGUCUGUCUGUUGGGUAGAGGAUAGUGUAGAGAAGGGGACAUGUCUGUCUGUGGGUAGAGGAUAGUGUAGAGAAGGGGACAUGUCUGUCUGUUGGAUAGAGGAUAGUGUAGAGAAGGGACAUGUCUGUCUGUUGGGUAGAGGAUAGUGUAGAAGGGGACAUGUCUGUCUGUUGGGUAGAGGAUAGGUAGAGAAAGAUGUAGGCUACACAAUAUCCCUGUAUGUCUGGGAGAAGUGGAAUAUAGAGGAAUGUGUGUGUAGAAUGUUUGUAGUUAAAAUGUACUGUAUUCAACCUUUUGGUAUGGCAGACUAAUAGUUGGUAGAAAUGAGAGUACAUCACAUAAUAAGUUGCAUGGACAUUGAAUAUCUCUUUGAGUAUGGUGCAGUUAUUAAUGUUACACUUUGGAUGGUGUAUCAAUACACCCAGUCACAACAAAGAUAACACCCUUCCUUAAUCAGUUGCCGGAGAGGAAGGAAACCGCUGAGGGAUUUCACCAUGAGGCCAAUGGUGAUUUUAAAACAGUUACAGAGUUUAAUGGGUGUGAUAGGACAUAACUGAGGAUGGAUCAACAACAUUGUAGUUACUCCACAAUACUAACCUAAAUGACAGAGUGAAAAGAAGGAAGCCUCUACAGAAUACAAAUAUUCCCGAAACAUGUAAUACUGCAAAAAAUGUGGCAAAGAAAUUCACUUUUUGUUCUAAAUACAAAGCGUUAUGUUUGGGACAAAUCCAACACAACACAUCACUGAGUACCACUUAAUAUUUUCAAGAAUGGUGGUGGCUGCAUCAACUUAUGGGUAUGCUUACACAUGUUAUGCUAUAGCCUACCCUGAUAAAGGAUGUUAUGCUAUAGCCUACCCUGAUAAAGGAUGUUAUAGCUUACACAUGUUAUGCUAUAUCCUACCCUGAUAAAGGCUCUUUGGCAGAAAUGUUGGUCAAAUAAAUUCACAGCAAGGAGAGAUGAGUGUGUGACUUUGUUUUUCAGCUCUACCACACCAUGAUUAUCUUGUCUGCAUCUCCACCUCUCUCCUUAUUAUCAGUGGUCUGGUCUGCAUAUCAUACCAGGUGUUAUUGAUAUUGAUACCUCUGACAGCCAGUUGCUCUCCUCCUCUCCUCUGCAGGUGCCUGCCAGGGUUUUCCGGGAAGAGCUGUGAAGAGAUAAUAGACUACUGCAGUCUGCUCAGUGUCAACUGUCUGCACCAGGGACUGUGCCUCAGCGUAAUUGGUGGAUAUAAUGUAAGUCAGCCAUUAGGUGAGGUCUAAUGAAAUGUGGAAACAGCAAAGAAAAGGUUUGAUAUGAUGACCCAUAGUUUAUUAGUGGGCUGGUUGGACAGGGGACCCAUAGUUUAUUAGUGGGCUGGUUGGACAGGGGACCCAUAGUUUAUUAGUGGGCUGGUUGGACAGGGGACCCAUAGUUUAUUAGUGGGCUGGUUGACAGGGGACCCAUAGUUUAUUAGUGGUUGGACAGGGGACCCAUAGUUUAUUAGUGGGCUGGUUGGACAGGGGACCCAUAGUUUUUUGAGUGGGCUGGUUGGACAGGGUACCCAUAGUUUAUUAGUGGGCUGGUUGAACAGGGUACCCAUAGUUUAUUAGUGGGAUGGUUGGACAGGGUACCCAUAGUUUAUUAGUGGGCUGGUUGGACAGGGGACCCAUAGUUUAUUAGUGGGCUGGUUGGACAGGGGACCCAUAGUUUAUUAGUGGGCUGGUUGGACAGGGGACCCAUAGUUUAUUAGUGGCUGGUUGACAGGGACCAUAGUUUAUUAGUGGCUGGUGACAGGGGACCCAUAGUUUAUUAGUGGGCUGGUUGGACAGGGUACCCAUAGUUUAUUAGUGGGCUGGUUGGACAGGGGACCCUAGUUUAUAGUGGGCUGGUUGACGGCCCUCUUUUUGAGUGGGCUGGUUGGACAGGUACCCAUGUUUAUUAGGGCUGGUUUGAACAGGUACCCAUAGUUUAUCAGUGGGAUGGUUGGACGGGUACCCAUAGUUUAUUAGUGGGCUGGUUGGAACAGGGACCCAUACGUUUAUAGUGGCUGGUUGACUGGGACCCUAGUUUUUAUGGGCUGUUGACAGGACCCAUAGUUAUAGUGGGCUGGUUGGACAGGUGACCUAGUUUAGUUAGUGGCUGGUUGGACAGGGGACCUAGUUUAUUGUGGGCUGGUUGGACAGGGGACCAUAGUUUAUUAUGGGCUGUGGACAGGGACCCAUAGUUAUUAGUGGGCAUGGUGACAGGGGACCCAUAGUAUUAGUGGCUGGUGGACAGGUACCAUAGUUAUAGUGGGCUACUUGGACAGGGGAGUGUAUAUAUGAGAAGGUCCUGCCCUCUACACAUCAGAGAAACCAAACCAUGGUGCUAUUAGGAAUGUUUUAGAAUACAGUACAGUAACCAGUAGUGUAUAGACCUGUCUGCGUUCCAAAUGGCACCCUAUACCCUGUAUAGUGCACUACUUUUGUCCCUUUUGGCCUCCUCCUCUCCACCCCAUGUUCAAAAGAAGUAGCAUGUUUUGUGUACUGAUUUAGUAUGUCUAGUAUAGGGACACCUUGUACUUUGCUUCAGGUUAGUGCACAUUUGGGAGAUCUUUUUUUCAUAACACGGACAACCGAUGAAAACCACUAUGGCAUGACAAUGUCAGGUAAUAAAACAACAGGCCACUGGUAGCCGUUAAAGGGAUAGUGCCAGAUUUUGGCAAUGAAGCCUUCUUUCUACUUACCCAGAGUCAGGUGAACUUGUGGAUUCCAUUUUUCUGUCUCUGCGUGCAGUUUAAAGGAAGUUGGAGGUAGUUUUGCGAGCCGUUUCCAGUCACUGCGCUAACAUUAGUUAGCAAUGGCUCGUAAAACAACCUCAAACUUCCUUCAUGGCCAAUAUCACGCACUAUCACUUUAAUACUCAUCUAUUUAUUUAUUUAUUACAUAUUUAGAAGCUAUCAGUUUCUCAUUUUUCAUAUAUACUUUGUUUUCUUGCCUCUUUCAAUAUCGUCUUGCUGUCACAUUCAAUUUCAGCUGAACACUUUGAAUAAUGUGCCAUGCAGAACAUUUUAUCCACUUGUUUAUAAGAAUAUUUACAUUUGAUAGUAGAUAGUUAUGUAUUGAUCAUUUAAUGUCAAUAUCUGUUUAUUUAAUGUAUUAUAGUGUGAAGCUGUAGAUAUGGUGAUACAAUUUUUCUAUCACCUUCACAAAAUAUUGUAUCUAUUUAUAUUUUAUCAUAUCAUCAACGCAAACUUGUCAAUGUGGGGGUUUUAAAAUAAUUUCCAUUUAAAUUUCCAAAACAAAAAUAACAUGAUUACAGGUUUCAAUGGGUGGUGAUUAGGGGUUAUCCAUGAACAUGAAUAUUGUUUAUCAUAGGUAUUAAAGUAUAUCUAUGCAUCCCACUUCCUAAAUGUACAGACAUCUGUCUCUGAGUCUAUCCCAUGGAUUAUACUUUAGUCUCAUUUAAAAUAAAGGACAUUCAAUAAAAUCUGGUGUGUCUAACGCUGUCAUGAUAUAGAAUAUUUAGCAUUUAUUCAGUCUGACUACAUACAUUGCUAAUACAUUACCAUUUUGUUUGCAGAACAUUUUAAAUAAAAAUAAAACAUUGAGAAAAUGAGAAUAUCAUGCAAAUGAGAGACCCGUUGGUUAAAAUUGGAUUCUAUGUCGUCUUCUAAAGCCAUAAAGCUAUUUCACAACCAUAAAAUACCCAAAUUGUGGCCACUUCAUCAUAAUCCUCCAGUCGAAGGCACCUGAAACCAGACUGUAAUGCCCAUGGUCCUUAGCUCCUAAUUAUCCCCCAUCAGUCCUGGUCUGUUGCUUUAGAUCAUUCAGUAGGCUCUGGGGCUGCAUCCCAAAUGGCACCCUAUUCCCUAUCCCUACAUUGCCUAUGUCGUGCAUAGGGCUCUGGUCAAAGAUAGUGCACUAUGUAGGGAAUAGGGUGCCAUUUACUUCUGACUCUUAGCUGCAGGACUGUUAAAAGCUGCCUGUGUUGCUGUGUGUGGCUUUCUCUUGCUCCAAUCAGUGUCGGUCAUAAUCAGAACAUUGACGCUAGUCUGGCGUAAUGAGCCGUCUCCUUAGCGAUUUCUUGAUCUGCUUCCCCCUGGGGAAAAUGAUGAGGUCGUUUGUCAGGUCAAUUUGGGCUGUUGUCCAUUUGCCGCGCUGACUGUGUCCUGAAGUCUUUACGCAGUGUAGACUGAAGAGGUACUGACACUCACGUCGUAGAACCAAAUUAAACCUUAGAAUUAGUAAGAACAGAGAAUACCGUACGGUACCCAUCAGCACUUGGAUCUGCUGAUAAGUGAAACUUUAGUUAAAUUAGUGUUGAGAUGCACAAUAUGAACUGAUCAACUCACUGCCAGUGGAGGUUUCCCUGGUAUGGAUCUCAUCAGGAAGUUGCUUUCUUAGUGUAGAGGCAUAGAGCUCGCCAGUUUAGUCUUAAAAAAUGGAAAUGAAACCUCUGGUUCCUAUGAGGGAAAUGAAACCUCUGGUUCCUAUGGGGGAAAUGAAACCGCUGGUUCCUAUGGGGGAAAUGAAACCUCUGGUUCCUAUGGGGGAAAUGAAACCUCUGGUUCCUAUGGGGGAAAUGAAACCUCUGGUUCCUAUGGGGGAAAUGAAUGAGGAAAGAAUGGCGUUUUGGGAUAAAUGUCAAAAAUAAGGUCUGAGGUGAACACAGGCUUUUUUGUUCUAUGAGAUAAUAUCAGUCAGUUAACAUGACCUUCAUGGACUAUGAAGCCUUUAUGUGCUUAUUUCGAUUACAUAAAUACUUAAAAGUUCCACAAAAAGGUACGUUAGCUGAUGAAGAUUAUUUAAUAGAACAAAACGUAUAGGAUCUCCUAAGCCUGUGUUUACCACAGACCUUAUUUUCAGCGUUUAUCCAAAACCCCUCCAAAAACCCCAUUAAUUUCCCCAUAGGGUUAGCGUCCACCAGUGCCUACAAAAAUAUGCCAAUACUAUUUCUGUCUAUUGCUAACCUACAUGACAGAAUGUUGUGUAGAAUGUACAUUACUCCAAAAAACGAAUUCAAACCUUUAGAAUUGGCGAGAAGAUGCGCGAUGCAUACCACUGCCAAUGUAGUGGGAGUAUACAGGAUGCAGUCCAAUAACAGACCAGGUUAGUAUAGAUGUACAAGACCAGAUUGGUGAUUGUGUUUGUCUGCAGAUCAAUGAUUACUGGUUCAUCUCUUCCUCACAGUGUCUCUGUGCUCCUGGAUGGAUAGGGGAGUUCUGUCAGUAUGGAGGGAACGCCUGCCUGAUCUACCCAGACAGCUGUAUGAAUGGAGCCACCUGCAUCACCACAAGUCAACCUACGGCUGCCCCACAGUACAGAUGUAUCUGCAGCCCUGGUUACACA